AUGCGUUGUUUUGUCGCGCUCGUCUUCACGCUUCUCGUCGUCGUCGUCGUCGUUCGUACGGCACCCGUUCAGGAAGCGCCGACAUUUGAAAGUUUCUCGAACGAUGCACCGCUAACUAAACAGUCAAAUGUUAACGGGGUCGCCACGGCUAAACCGGACCUGGUAAAGGUAGGCGAGGUAGCUGAGACCAUCCUGAGCAGAUUAGGAUUCUCGACAAGGGAUGACAAGAAUGUUAGACGGGCUCCGGUGCCUAGUGCUCUUUAUCAGACCGAUGAUCUCAAUGCUGUAAUUGCUGAAGCGAACGCUAAUCGUGUUGAUUUACAAGGAAUAGCUUCUGGGCAAAUUCCUGGUUUGGCUCCAAUUCCCGUACCGGGGUAUCCUGGUCCGCAGGAUGUGCCUGUUAUUCCCGGAGUGAACACUAUUCCUGGACUUAGCAAUUUCAACUACCUGGUAGGACAGUUAUUCCCGCAGAUGAUUCCGCCAGCGAAUACGCUUCUGGGAUCAUCAAUAAGCCGAAUCUUGCCCAAGGAUUCCGCUAAGAACCUAGCCAAGGAUGUAUUCCGGGCCGUUCAUCCAGCAGCCGAGAACGUGGAUGUAGCGAGAAUGAUGGGUCGUUGGUUCACUGUAAUAAAUUCGCCUCAUGUGAUCCGCGAAGCCUGCACCGUUCUUCAUUUCGGCGCCCUCACGAACAACACCUACUCGGCAUCGUUCACAACACUGAAGUUCUACAGGGAAGGAAAUCCUAACGGAUCUCCACGGUACGCUUUGGGAUAUGGCUUCAAAUCUGGAGAAACUGGACAAUUCGUGCUGCACAAUAGCAAUUCGCCCGAUGCAGAGCCAUUCUGGGUGAUAAAGAAGGGACCAUUGAACGAAUAUAAUCAAUACGACUACGCUAUCAUUUCUACAUGGGUUCGAUUCCCAGUAUUUGUUAUUGCACGAGAUCCUGAACGAUUCCGCAAGGAACAUAUGAAGAAUGUACUACAAUUCCUCGAGGAUAACAAUUACAUAAAUGUCAUGACGAAGGCCUUCAACAUGAUUUCACCGGUCGACUACGAGGCUUGUCAGUACACCCCGACAUUUUCUGGUGCUGGCAAAUAA